ACACGGGGCUGCGUCUCCCGUGGGGAAGUCACGUGACGCGCACACGUGACCGGGUUCACAGUUGAAAGUCAAGCAGCUCGUCAACAUGGCGGUCCUGAUGCAGAGCUUCCGCGUGCAGGCGGCACGCCGCGUCGGCGCGUGCAGCCUGGCGGCGGCCCUCUCCUGCACGAGACAUGUUGCGUUCACCGGGACAGAGUCGCGCGCCGUGCGGCUCCACGGUCCAGCGGCGGCGGCGGCGGCGCGACACUACAGCUCCGACCCCAAGGACGACCUGCGCGUCAGGUACCUGGACGGAGAAGACGACGGUAUUGUUGUCGUGGGAAUAAAUCGAGCAAAAGCCAAAAAUGCCAUAAGCAAAAAUCUGGUAAAAAUGAUGUUUGAAGCUGUGGAAGAUAUCAAGAAGAAUAACAAAGUGCGUAGUGUCAUUUUCUGUAGUUUGGUUCCUGGGAUCUUCUGUGCAGGUGCAGAUCUGAAGGAGAGAGCCAAAAUGCACCAGAGUGAAGUGGGGCCAUUUGUGUCCAAAGCCAGAGCACUCAUCACAGAGCUGGGUAAUCUGCCAGUACCAACAAUUGCUGCAAUUGAUGGAGCUGCCUUAGGAGGAGGCUUGGAAAUGGCCCUUGCUUGUGACAUCAGAAUUGCGUCCAAUACUGCCAAAAUGGGACUAGUUGAAACUAAACUUGCAAUUAUUCCUGGAGCAGGUGGUACACAGCGUCUCCCCAGGGUGAUCGGUGUCUCUCUUGCUAAGGAGCUGAUCUUUGCGGCCCGGGUGGUAGACGGAACAGAGGCUUGUCGUCUGGGUCUUGUCAGUAAAUCUGUGGAGCAGAAUAAGAGUGGUGAUGCUGCCUACCUGCAGGCUCUGGAGCUCGCCCGAGAGAUCAACCCUCAGGGCCCGAUUGCAGUAAGGAUGGCAAAACUUGCGAUCAACCAGGGGAUAGAGGUGGAUUUAUCUACAGGCCUGGCCAUUGAAGAGGCGUGCUACGCCCAGGUGAUACCAACCAAAGAUCGAUUGGAGGGUUUGGCUGCAUUCAAGGAGAAGAGGCGUCCUCAAUUCAAGGGCGAGUGAGGCAACACUGGUAGAAUACUUGCAGAAACUAUCCCAGAGUUCUGCCUCCUUCUCUCCUACUGUUCCACUGCUUCCAACAUAUCUAUGGAUAAAACUGUACCAACAUCCAGGGGACGUCCGACCGCAGGACAUUAGGGCUGAUCCUGGCUGGUGUAUUUUAAACCCCUCGUUGGGUGAGGCAACUGUCACGUCAACAUAUGGAGAAACCAAGUGAAUUCACUUAGCAUUGAACACUGCUUACAAUACUCACAACUACUGCAAUCUAAAACAUGUAUCAAAUGCUUAUUGCUGUUUGCAGUGUGAGUGGCAGGCAAUCAGCAACAGUAGCCUCCUUGACUAAUGAACUAAUCCAAGAGCCAUUGAAAAUCCAUUAAAUUCUGUGAAUGCUGCAAGACUGAUGCAUCAGAAAGUGUAUUAGAGUUAUACUUUGUUAGAAGUGUCCUGUGAUCAUAACACCUGAUGUGUCUGCAAGAAAUCAUUACAUUUUAUUAAAUGAUUAUCGUGACAUUCUUCCCUUGAAAAAAGGAUUGGACAUUUGGAUUUGACAGUUGAAUGUGUGAUAAUAUCUUUCUGUGUGCUAAUCGCAAACAAGACACUGUGACCUACGAUAAAACAACUCAUAAUCUGCAUCGAGUACCAACAGAAUCCUUCCUUUUUUCUACAAUCAAAGCUUCUGUCAUUAACGUGUUAUGAAUGAUGACUUCUACAGUGAGGACGGUUUCUGUGACAUCAGUAAUAACGUGGGGGGGGGGGACUCACAUGUAUGCUUAAAAGACAGCAAACACAAAUGUUCAUCAAAGUCAUUAUAAAUAUGUAAUUACGUGGACAUUCAAACAGUUGAAAGACACAAAUGUAGACUUCAUGACAAGAUGUAUAUAAAUGAAGAAAGUUGAUGUUUCCACAUUUCUAUCUCGCCGUAGUGCAACUGAAGGCGAGCGGUAGGUUCGUUUCAUUUGAAUGGUUUAAAACACACGUCUCACACACUGGAUUGACAUGCUAGUUCAAAAGCAAAUCUGGUCAGUAGGGCUGUUGAGUUACUAACAUGAAAAACACUAAAGAAUUGUUUCAGAUAUGCAGAGUAUCCUUUAAAGUGCAUUAACAUAUUGAUGUCUUAUAGAAACAACUCAAUAAAAGCCUGAGAGUUUA